GAUAUUUUUCGCUCAGUAUAACACCCACAGCCUUAAGAGGCUAACCAGUUUACUGGGCUAUUAGCCAUGUUGAGAUGGCACUGAGGGGGCAGGAGCAGAGGCAGGCCGCAGAAGGGCUAUCAGGGCCAUGGCUGAAUGUUUGGUUUCUCUGCUUUGCGCUGCCUCUGGUGGCCUCAAACCCUUCACUUGAACCAGAGGCCAAAUCCGACAGCUUCGGGAGACAUUUCCUGGGUUUGGAUAAAUGCAAUGCCUGUGUGGGCACCUCCAUAUGCAAGAAGUUUUUAAAAGAGCAGAUAAGAUUUGAAAGGUGGCUGUCCUCUCAGCAUAAUCUACCCUCAGCCAACAGUACAUUCUAUGAAGGGAACUACACAGAUGACUCGGAGAGCUGGAGGCCUGUGGUGCUGUCCCGCCUGGUGUCCCCCCACCUGCAUGACUUGGCUGACAAAAGUAUUUGCAAGUCAGCAGGCAAAAGGAAAUCCUGUAGCAUUGAGGCUGUUCUGAGAGCUACACAGCGCUUCCAGAACUGGACACAGUCCAAUCUGCUGCUGCCCAGCAUGGUGCAGGGUCUGACCCCUCCAAUGCUGCGCUGUCCAUCUCAGAGGCUGCUGGACCGAAUCGUGCGCCGCUAUUUUGAGGUGGUCGAUGUGGGCAGUGUGCAGAUGAAGCACUUCACCACUAAGGACAGACUCCGCCUUCUCUACACCCUGGCUGUCAAUCAGCAGCCUCUUAUAUUACAGAUGUUUCCAGGCAUGGAGGGCUGGCCAUUCCCCCGCUAUCACGGCUCUUGUGGCAGGCUGAUGGUGUGGGCAGGCUCCAGGCCUUUGAAGAAGCUAUACUCAUCCCCGCUGGCACAGCGGGCGGACGCAGCCUACCAACUCCUCCACAUCACCCAGAGCCUGGCCUCCAACAGCCUCCGCUUCAACCUCUACUACACCACGGCUUCAGAAGACAUGUUCGGCACCGUGGAGGAUGGCAGGCUUCUCAUCAUGGAUGCCAGCACCAUCGGAAUCAUCGACUUGCAGGAGGUUUGUGUAUUUUCCUGUAAGGUGGUGCUGAGCCAGCCGAAACAGUCAGAACAGAGAUGGAGCAGCGCCCCCUCCAGUCCAGCGGGGUCGAUUCUCCGUACUUGGCAGGGUUGCAUAGACAAACAGCUUGGAGCCAGCAGCCUUUGUGGGAUUUGCUACAGAAACCAGUGGUGUGGAACUGGGUCACUUUUCCUGAAUAUCAGAAAGGGUUAUGUUGCGUUCCAGAGGGUGAUCCUCAGAACUGUUAAUGUUAAUGUCAAGACGUGGAGGAUGGCAGAGGUGAGGCCUGUCAAGACAAGAGCAAGGGAACAAACAGAACACAUUACUUAAGAGCAGAAUGAGUCACCUCAUCAUAAAAGGCAGGACAGGCCUGGCAGAAUAUUUGAAUGACUGAAAAAGCUGAAGGCUGACUCACCAGCGUGAACUGGUCGUAGACGUGCGUGAGGUCCUCAAUCUUAUACUGCUCCAAAACAACAAAGUUGUCGAGGUUAGGGCUGCCUCGGCGUGCGCAGUCUUGACAGUGCACCACAUACGUCUUCCUCGAAUUGCUCUCACUGGUGACAAACAGUAGGUUAAAAACCUCAACCUGCAGAUGGAACGAUAAAACAGAAAUGAAGCAAAACCAAGCAGAACAACAAGGCUUCACGUACAGUUGUAGGCAAAUGUUUGGGGCAAAUAAUUUUUUACUUAGAAAAUCAAAACAAAAAUUAAGUUAACAUCCUCUACAAAAUGCAUUUCUGCACAUUGUUAUAUUCAGCAAAUAUACAGUAAUUGUAUAAAGUUAAAAAACAAAAAGAAAACUGAAAAUGUGAAGUGUACACACAUUUUAUACACAUUUCCUACCCCUCCACAAUGUUACAUUUUUCAAUAUAAAUAUAAACCAUACACUAGAAAUGGUGCACAGAAAAAUGCCGUAUUUAAGUGUAUUCCUUGUAGAGGAUGUGUCUGCUUUCGAAAAUCUACAAAUCAUGUACCCUGACCGGGGAUGAUCAAGACGGCAAUGUUUAAAAUCAAAUUAAGUACUUUUCAAUAACGUUUUGAGAAUUCUCCAUAGCAAAGAUAACACUAUUUCCACAGCACAACAAAGAACACACUCAAAUACUUCAGGCGUUAAUGUCUAUUUUAUUCAAACCAACUGGCUUAAAAACAGAUUUUCCACUUUGAUGUUACACAAUUUUUACAGAGCCUUUCCAAUUUAUUUAACUGCUGUGCCGAACUGCCCCAAAGGAUUUGAACUGGAUUAGGUUUAUUUUAGUGUGAUCCAUUAAAAUAUGCUGGGAAUGGACGUCCCUAAAUUUAGUACCUCUGAAAGUUAAAAAAAAGACUAAGACUUGAAUUUAAGGCUCUAUUUUAAGGCUUUAUAAGACUUUUAAAGGAUCUUGUAUGUAUAUCAAGUAUUUUACAAUAGCUUUGAAUGUGGCUCAGUCAAUUAGAAUUUGAACAAAGGGAGGACAAUGUGGCCAAAUAAAUAAAUUAAUAAAAAUAAUUAAAAACGAAUAAUUAUGAUAGGCAAUAUGCGUCAUAUUUAGUUUCUCAGGUUUGAUCAUUCAGAAGAGGAAAAAGCACCAGUAGUGCCACAUUUUAAAAAUACUAUUAAAAACAAUGAUUUUUAUUUAAUGUGUAUAAUUUUUAUAGCUUUUUCUUAGUUUCACAUAGUGCACUGAAGUAAUUAAGUCAUAUCAAGCAAGUCUAAUUAUGCGGUCUUUUCAGCUGAUUAGUGUUUUAGUACUGACUAUUUAUGAUAUGCUCAGAAAAGUACAAGUGACAUGAUUUAUGAUAAUAUAGUUAUACUGACAAUCCCUAAAUAGCAAUAAUGGUUUUAAGACUUUACACAAGCACAGUUCUCUAGACUACGGUUUGAGACCUGCAUCAUACCUCACAAAUGCUACAGUAAUGUGCUGGCUCGUCCUUGGUCCUCCCAUGCCACACCAGCUCCUUCCCCGCAGCUAUCAGAGCCUCCCUCAGCAUCUGACAUUGCUUCAGAGUCCUCAACAAGCUGUACCUAUGACCACAAAGCAACACAUGAAAACAGUUAGAGCACCCUUUACAAGCGGCUUAUUUUUAGCACUUUCUACAGUCUGGUAGGUUGAGCAUCAUAUAAAGUCUUCAAAGACUUUUUCAUGAAGUAAAUAUUUUUAUACACUUUAAACGCUUCAUAUAUACUUUAUUAUUUCACUACAAAACAAAAAAGGAAUGACUCCGAGAUGCUAAUCAUGGGUGUGAUGCAAAGGAUAUGUUAUGGCCCUCUGCCAGGCUGACUCACUUGAUCAUCUCAAAGAGCUUGUGGUCUGACACUUUGAUGUUUCGGGCCAGGUUCCAGGAGAGGUGAAUCAUGGGAACGAUGGAUUUGACACUUUGGAGUUUGUUCCACUCAUAGCGCUCCACUGCCAACUUAUACUGAUGGGCUGAGGUGAGAAGGAGGGUAUGACGUUUUAAAGACCAAAAGCAUAAAUGAAUCAAUAUGACUGAUGUCCACCUAUGUGAUUUUAUGGCUCCUUUAAUGUUAAUGGUAAAACUUAUACCAAAAGUAAGCUUGUCUGGGGCUUUGCACAUUUCUUUUUAUUACACACAAAGUUCACCAGUGUCAAAUAAAUCAAAAUGUAUGCUUAAAUAGUUA